AUGGCUCUCGCACCGUCGAUAGGCAUCGAUCUACUCAGGAUGCCAGCAAAGGGCACACCUUCCAGAUGGAGAGAAAGCGACAGCUCACUUAUUUCGGUGAAAAUGGUGUAUGCGGAUAGAGCAACUAUGCUGAAGGCCGUGGAUGAGAUACGCCAAUUACUCGGUGAAAGCAUCGUGAGCGUGGACUCGGAUGACCUUGAUGAACAUGGCUAUUCAGAGUGGUCUACGUCAAAUACUGACGUACGACCAGUGGCAGUUGUCCGACCACAGACGACAGAAGAGGUCUCAAGUAUUGCCCGUAUCUGCACCAAGUACAAAGUGCCGAUAAUUCCAUACGGAGCUGGAUCCAGCGUUGAAGGCAACUUCAGCUCCCCCCAUUCUGGAGUAUGUCUCGACCUAUCUGGCAUGGAUAGAAUCGUGGCUUUUCACCCCGAGGACAUGGAUAUCGUGGUCCAGGCCGGUGUCAAUUGGACUAAUAUGAAUGAAGAAAUCAAGAAUACUGGUCUCUUCUUGCCACUUGACCCCAGCCCUACUGCAUUGAUCGGUGGCAUGAUAGCUACGAACUGCAGUGGUACCAAUGCCAUGAGAUAUGGAACCAUGAAGGACUAUGUUAUUAACCUCACAGUAGUGCUCUCGGACGGAUCUGUAAUUAAAACACGUCACCGACCUCGAAAAACAUCAGCUGGAUAUAAUCUUACUGGUCUUUUUACCGGAUCUGAGGGAACACUGGGUAUAAUCACUGAAGCAACUCUGAAGCUAGCCAUAAUUCCAGAGAAAUUUUCUGUUGCAACAGCCACUUUCUCAACUGUCAAGGAGGCGGCGGAUGCGGCAUUUAAGAUGAUGCGACGGGGAAUACCCCUCGCUGCCCUGGAAAUGAUGGAUGAUGUUCAGAUGAAAGUCAUUAAUCAGAGCGGUGGAGCAGGCGGAAGGCUAUGGGACGAACAUCCUACGCUUUUUCUUAAAUUUUCAGGCUCCCAGAAUGCAGUUCAAGACAGCAUCAAAUUGGCCAAAGAAAUCGCCAGGUCCAACAGUUGCCGUUCCUUCGAGUUUGCCAAAACAGAGGAUGAGAUGCAGUCCCUUUGGUCUGCCAGAAAACAAGCCUUGUGGGCAAACCUCGCCGUCCGACCCGAGGGCACCCAGAUUUGGUCCACAGAUGUUGCUGUACCUCUGUCUCGAAUGGCCGAAUUAAUUGAGAUAUCAAAGCAAAAGGCUAGCCAACUAGGACUUUUCAAUAGUGUUCUGGGACAUAUCGGCGACGGCAACUUUCACCAGGUCGUCAUGUACAACCCAGAUGAUAAGACGGAACGCCAAGCUGUGUCGGAUUGCGUGGAUGGGAUGAUGGUGAGAGCACUGGAAAUGGAGGGUACAGUAUCAGGCGAGCAUGGGAUUGGACUGGGAAAAAAGAAGGAGCUCGGCCCAGCCACGAUAGGUAUUAUGAAAGCUAUCAAAGACACAUUGGAUCCCCAGUAA